AUGAAAAGUGAAAUUACAGGAGGUAUGAAAGGAUCAAGCAAGGGCACAACCAUUCAGAAAGGUGCCAUGUUUAUGGCAGGUCUGACUCUCUUGCAGUCUCUCCGUGUGGCUUUAACUGGAGCAAAGUUUGCACUUGACAGAUUUAAAAUUCCUCAGCAGCAUGCCAGUUCGUUCAUUAACAUGGUCCAUAAUCCUAUGGAGUUGGCAACGUUUACUGGAAUGGCUAUUGUCAACAUAGCACUUAUUUGGAAGGAGAAGUGGAAGAAUUAUGCUGGGUGUCUUGCCGCUAUAACGAAUGUAACACUAUGCUGUUCAUUUGUCUUACUACUAUAUGCAUUUACAUCUGGAGGUCAAAUGGGCAAUCUCACAUUCUACUACUGGACUAUAGUCUUCGUCUCAUUUAUCUACGGACUAAAUGUGGCCUGUGUAAUGGCUGUUGGAAGCGCAAAUGCCUCCCUUUUCAAUAUGGGAAUUCCUCUUUCUGGUAUCCAGGUUUGCAUCUACUACUAUGUCUUCACUAAGUUGUCUGAGAGGUAUAAUUGGUCAAACGUAAGCUACUGGAUCAUAUUCUGGCAGCUUAUUAUAGCCAUAUUGAUUUCAGCAGCCUCUGCUGCUGUCUGGAUUAUUGCCCAACCUAAUGGUGGUAACGGUGGCGGUUCUCCUGGUCCUGGUGCUGUCUCUCCAAUUCUUAUGGGAAUGGUAGGUAUGGGUGGUAUUUACGCCUUCUAUCCUGCUAUUGCUCCUUAUAAGCUGACUGAUGUUGGUACUGGUUACACUAUUGACUUGGUUGUCUUGUUCAUGAGCGCAGUUCCAGGUAUUUUGAUUGCCAUCUUAUGUGCUUGUAAUGGAAGUAAGAAUGGGAUAGGUCCAAAUCAAGAUUGGAGUAGUGCUCAAUGGUGGCAUAGUUCUUGGUUUUUGGCAAUUCCACAUAUUACCGCAAUGGUCUUGUGUUUGUGCACACUUCACUACCCUGGUAGUGGACUAGCAAGUUCUAUAAAGAGCAGUGGUUUAAAGGUUGGAGUCAUUACUGUGACCCUAAAGUUUUGCGAGGAAGGACUAAAGGCAGUGUCUUAUGCUGGAGCUAGUAAGCAGGUACAGAAGGAGAAGGGAGGUACUAUUGCAUCCUUAAACACAUUCACAUCCCAAGGUUUAAUGAUCAUUUUGGCCUUUACUGGAGACGGUUACCUAAAGACUUACUCCAAGUAUGAGAAUGAUCGGAGUAAGUGGCCCACUAAAGACUUUGGGUUCUGGAAGUCCUUAGGAUACUGGACAUGGAAUGGAGCAUAUGUGGCCUGUAAGAGUGUUAAGUCAUCCUUUACCAAGAAUGUUAGAUGCAAAGUUUUGGGUAAAUCAGAGGCCUUACUCAUUGUAUAUGCAGAUGAUGAUCAUAUGUAG